AUGUGUGAUCAUGGCGUCCCAACUUGUCGGCGAUGUUUGAGAACAGGAGCUGUCUGUGGAGGCUAUCGCGACAAACUUGAUCUCGCUUUUCGUGAUCAAACUAGACAGGUCAUUCGCAGGUGUAAUCAAACAGAACGCACGGCAAAGAGCCCUAUAGCUGCCACACAGCCGGUUGGCAAACCCAGGGAAGCUGAGCCUACUGGCCAGCCUCAAGAGAGUAAUUCAUUACUCACGUCCAUACCCUCCGUUCCCAUUACAGACCAGGCUGUAUGCUUCUUUUUCCUCAACUUCGUGCUUACGGAUCCCAUUUCUGGUGGUGGGCAUCUCGAGUAUCUUCCAGUCAUAUAUGAUACUAUUACUCGCGAUCUGGCGCUGCCUACGGUUGUCGCUGCUAUUGGUAUGGCUGGCAUCGCAAAUUUACGGAGGAGUCGAGAUCUCCUGUUAGCAGCGAAUUCUCAAUACCUUCUCGCAAUUCAGCUCACUCAAGCGGCGUUGAUGGAUGAGACUCUACGCAUUCAAGAUCAGACUCUUGUGAGCAUUUUACUCCUCGCCUUGUACGAGACAAUAACUUGUUGCUCGCCACAAUCGCUGCGUAUCUGGUCAAACCAUGUGUCAGGUGCAACCGCGCUUAUUUCACAGUUUGCUCAGCAACGAAUACUGAAUUCCGUUGGGAUACGCAUCUUCUCACAUCUCCGUUCACACGCGGCUCUCCAACGAUCCCAGCAUGUCCCUAACGAGAUACGGCGCUGGUCUACAAAGGCGCUCGGAUUGCAAAGUGCCAGUCAGGCUUUCGAGGACCAGCUUCACCGCUUAGCUAUGGAUCUAUGCUCUCUACGCGCCUCUGCUGAAAAUGUGCUUCUUGCGGACAGGCCUACAAUCAUCUCCAGAGCCUGUGCUCUAGAUGGGAACCUGGCAGACUGGUCAAGAAGGUUAUCUAUUAAAUAUGGGAUUGCAAUUGACAACAGCCUUGGGGUGAAAGAAAAUCUAGGCCCAGAAGGUGUCAAUUCUUAUUCGGAUGUGCACGUAUCAAAUGCGAUCAACUGUCACACUCUACGCAUCCUUACUAACGAACUCAUCCUAAACAUGCUCGAUCAGGUGAAAGGCCAAACUGCUGUGGACUAUCAACGCCUGCGCUCCCAGUAUGUCAUCCACACCCUAAUAGCUGAGGUUUGUGCUAGUGUUCUUUCUUUCACCAGCCGGGAUAGGCAGCAAGCUGGCUUUAUUGCCAGGGGCAGCUUCCUACUGUGGCCGUUGUACGUGGUCUCGGCAGUUCCGUGGACCUCACAGCUUUACCGUGAUUGGGCUAUUGUGCAGCUGAAGGAAUUGGGGGCCGAGACGGGCAUCCUACAGGCAGCCUUACUGGCCCGUGAACUUCAGAUAAAGGGUGAAAUUAGUUAUUGGGAUAAAGAGGCCAACGAUGAAGAAGAUGACUACUGA